AUGAAACAAUAAAAUGGAAUGAUGAACUUACAUGAUAUAUUAUUAGACUCAGGUGAAAAACAUUAGGGCUUUAUUUAAUAAUAUAAGCCUCUUAGGAUUCUUGGAAAAGGAGCAUUCUCUACUGUGAUUGAGGCUCUGAAUAUGUCAAGUAAAUUAGUAGCAAUAAAAAUAAUUGACAAAGUUCAUUUUACUUCUUAGCAAAUAGAGAUUUUGAGACAAGAAGCUCAACUUCUAAUUAAAUUAAAUCAUGCAAAUAUCGUGCGUGUAUCUUUUGUAUGUUUGAACUCUUAUUGAUAGAGUAAGGAAACAAAAAAUAAGCUUUUUAUAAUCAUGGAUCUCAUUAAUGGAGUUACAUUGUCAUAAUAUCAAAGGAACUAAUUGGACAACGAGACUGUUGUUUGUAUAACAAGACAGAUGCUUGAAGCCAUAUAAUAUUUACACUAGCAGGAUAUAAUCCAUAGGGAUAUUAAACCUGGUAAAUGUCAAUACCAACACUAGAAAACAUCAUGAUUGAUCCAGAGAAUUUGCAUGUAACCUUGAUAGAUUUUGGAUUGUCAGCUUAAUUGGCACAUAUAGAUGGUUCAGGACUCAUGAGUGAAAACUGCGGAACUAUUUUAUAUAUGGCACCUGAAUAAAUCUAAAAGAAGAAAUACAAUAGAGUAUAUUCUUAUGUUAUCUACUUUAGAGUAUUGAUAUUUGGGCAUUGGGCAUUGUGGUCUUUAAUUUAUUAAAUAAGGGUAAGCAUCCUUUUUUCUAAUAAAUGGAUGACAUUUCCUCGUAUUCUGAGAAGAUUACUUGGAUGAAAUGGAAUUGGAAUUCUGAAAUCAACCAAAAGGCAAUGAGUUUCCUUCUUAAAACAAUUGCCUAUCAUCCAGAAGAUCGAUUAAAUGUAGAUUAAUGUUUGGAACAUCCAUGGAUUACUGGAAAAAAUGAUUAACCGCUAACCUUCAUUGAAAUUCUGAAGGCUCAUACAAUCUCCUACAACAUUAAACUCCUGAUCAAAGCACUAUCUUUUCUAUAGUACCUUAAAAAAACCAGUCCAAUUCUAACUCCUCCAAUUAAGAAUUUAUCGAAAUACCCAACAACUCCAGUGGAGAAACAACAAUUUAGGUUGAGCAGAAAUCCCAGAACCAAAAGUAAAAAUGCUUCUAAUUCUGGUGACAAAGCUCAAAAACUGUCUAAUGCUGACACUGCCUCUAUUGGUUCGAAUAAAGUCUCUUAAUUCAAAGUGAGUAUAAAAGAAUAAAGGAGAGAAAGAAAUUCAUGUGAUUAAUUAAAGAAAAUCACAUCAACUCAAAAGAAAGAGCAACUCCUUUUACCUACUUUGCAUAGAUCUUUAGAUAGGACUAUAAAGAAAUAUUAAACAAACUUACCAGUUACUGAUAAUUCUUUGAAUCAAUCAAAACUUUUAGAAAGCUCGAUAUUUUUGAGAAGCAAAUCGUAAUUUAAUAAGGACACUGUUAAAAAAGUAAGCAUUCCAUAGAGUAAGAAUGUAAAUUAAAUAUCAACCAAUUUGAAUCAACCAUAACAAGAGCUCUCGACAACCCGGCGAAUCCGAUCUUCAAAACCUCCAUUAUAAAAAAGGAGCAAUGUUGAAUGA